UCCAGAAAAAAAAGAAACUCAAUCAGCUAGUUGAUGAAUUUCAGCUGCUCACACAGGAAAGGAAAACAGUUGUUUAACUGAAGCUGUGAGGCUCAACUUGACUUCAUUGUUUGACACAUUUAAAGUGGUUUAACAGACAAAGUUUUGGUGAGAAAAUGCCACCAAAGAACAUCUUUAGCUUUAAAAGCAUGCUGCUCGUAUUUGGUAUAUUGUGGAAACUGAGUGACACACAGGUGAACGGAGAAGAAGCCAACCAGAGUCCAGGUGAGACUCAACCUGAAGAUGGACCCAGAGGCGACGGCAGUGCCUUCUACGCCCUGCAGAGCUGCCAGCAGCUGCUGCAGAGCAACGCUGGAGAGUUCUUCUCCCCAGAUUACCUGUGCUCCAACCCUCCGCUGUGGUGCAACUGGACCAUCCAGGUGGACCCGGCAAAGAGGAUCCUCCUCCAACUGGAGGACCAGACCCCCGACGACGCCUGCCACCUCAAAGAAGACCAGGUCUACUUGGACGAACCCAUCGGACACUUAAAGGCUCACAAAGUCCUGGAGAAGUGCUGGCGGGAGGUCAAGUACAUGUCCUCGUCCAACACUGUGUAUGUGGUGCAGCUGAUCGGCGGCUGGCCCAGCUCGCCCUACAGGGGCUUCCACGGCCGCUACCAGGCCUUUGGACCCCUGGUGGUUUACAACCCGCAGGAGGGAUUCCCAAACAGGGAGUCGGAACCAUCUCCUGGAAUCCUGGACUUUAGUGAACUUGUUAAGAACGGUGAACAGCUGGAGUCAGAGCAUCCGUCGCAGGCUAGUUCUGAUCUUACGUAUGAUUAUUUUAGUCCAUCUUCAGACGGGACGGAGCCAGAGGAGGCCGCAGACACUGAGGUGGAUGAAAACCACCAUCAAGUCUCGGCAUCCACACAGGGGACCUCUCGAUCGGGACGAGGUGCCACUAAAACCUCUUUGCGCCUGUCCGACUCAGCCGUCCCUCCUGCGUCUUCACAGCAGCAACGCGGCGGUCAAAGCCAGGAGCCGCUCAGGCCCGCCAAGGGCAUCCCGGCUGCUAAUGUGGAGGAAUCUUCGACGCAUCCAGGGGAAGCCUCGUCUGAUCCAGAGGAAGCCUUGUCUGAUCCAGAGGAAGCCUCGUCUGAUCCAGAGGAAGCCUCGUCUGAUCCAGAGGAAGCCUCGUCUGAUCCAGAGGAAGCCUCGUCUGAUCCAGAGGAAGCCUCGUCUGAUCCAGAGGAAGCCUCGUCUGAUCCAGAGGAAGCCUCGUCUGAUCCAGAGGAAGCCUCGUCUGAUCCAGAGACGGCCUCGUCGGCUCCAGAGGAAGCCUCGUCGGCUCCAGAGGAAGCCUCGUCGGCUCCAGAGACGGCCUUGUCUGAUCCAGAGACGGCCUCGUCUGAUCCAGAGGAAGCCUCGUCGGCUCCAGAGACGGCCUCGUCUGAUCCAGAGACGGCCUCGUCUGAUCCAGAGACGGCCUCGUCUGCUCCAGAGGAAGCCUCGUCUGCUCCAGAGGAAGCCUCGUCUGCUCCAGAGGAAGCCUCGUCUGCUCCAGAGGAAGCCUCGUCUGCUCCAGAGGAGGCCUCGUCUGCUCCAGAGGAGGCCUCGUCUGCUCCAGAGGAAGCCUCGUCUGCUCCAGAGGAAGCCUCGUCUGCUCCAGAGACGGCCUCGUCUGCUCCAGAGACGGCCUCGUCGGAUCCAGAGGAAGCCUCGUCGGAUCCAGAGACGGCCUCGCCGGAUCCAGAGACGGCCUCGUCGGCUCCAGAGGAAGCCUCGUCGGAUCCAGAGACGGCCUCGCCGGAUCCAGAGACGGCCUCGCCGGAUCCAGAGACGGCCUCGUCUGCUCCAGAGACGGCCUCGUCUGCUCCAGAGACGGCCUCGUCUGCUCCAGAGACGGCCUCGUCUGCUCCAGAGGAAGCCUCGUCGGCUCCAGAGGAGGCCUCGUCGGCUCCAGAGACGGCCUCGUCGGCUCCAGAGGAAGCCUCGUCGGCUCCAGAGACGGCCUCGUCGGCUCCAGAGACGGCCUCGUCGGCUCCAGAGACGGCCUCGUCGGCUCCAGAGGAGGCCUCGUCGGCUCCAGAGACGGCCUCGCCGGAUCCAGAGGAAGCAGCAAGUCCAGAGGAAGAGAGGCUGUUGGAGGAAGAAAUGUCAAACUGGCUUCCUUAUCCUUCUGAAGCAGCAGAACCAGAGGAGACUGAGCCAACUCUUCCUCAGCCCAACGUGGUGGAGCCGCUGUCGGACCACCGGGGAAACAUCCACAUCAGAAAUCACUCUGAAGAUCCGCAUCUUCCUGGCGAUCACCUGUUUGAAGUGACUGUUGAAGUGAAAUUCAUCCCGGAUGUAAAGGAGUCCUGGGACAACGUGUUCCUGUCACUACUGCCGUCGGUAAAAGAGCUGAUCAGCAAGCAGCUGAAGCCUCUGCAUAUGCCGCUGUCCAUGAAGACUAAAAGAAAAAAAAGAUUGAGUGCAGGAGGGCUGUACAUCAUCUGGCUGCAGAUUGGACAGGGGCCGGAGGGUCUGCAGGUCCACCAGACCGUCCACUCCAACCUGCACGGCCUCCCUGCCACGGCCGUCGGCGUCAGCCAAUGGGAAGCUGUGAUCUCCUCGGUGUCGAUUGCAGAUGUAAACGAGUGCGGGACCCAGAUGGUGCUGUGUGACGUUAACGCAGACUGUGUGAACCAGUUUGGUUCGUACUCGUGCCACUGCAGGCCGGGCUUCCGGGACGAGUCCCGCCUGGGGUCGGGAGGGACUGCCUGUGUUGAUGAGAAGCCUACAGGUUGUAGCUCGGCCCUGUCUCCUGAGACGAAGGGUGUCUACGGGCUUUUCUUCCUGCUCAGCUCGCUCAUCCUGCUGCUGCUGGCGGCAGCCGGCCUGCUGUACCACCGCCACCGCCGCGGGGCCUUCCUGGUCCGGUGCCACAGCGGCGGCGGCAGCAGCAGCAUCAUCGUUCCUCCUGACCUCAACAACAACAACCACCACCGCCAUCACUGCCAACACUAUGACGAGACCUACUCCAUCACCCCGGACUCUGACCUGCCCCCGCCCCCUCCGCCCGUCCGGAGCUUCAGGGAGGGCUGGCCCCCGGCGAAGGAGCGCUGGCCCCCGGCGAAGGAGCGCAGCCCGGCCCUGGACCUGCAGCUGCUGCGCAUCAGCCAGCUGCUGCGGCCCGACGCCUGCACGGAGCCGCAGGAGGGCGGGAAGAAGUGAACGGAGUAAAACGGAUAAAGGAGAAUCAGAACUCACUUUUCAUUUAGUUUCAUUUGUCUGAUAUUCAGUUUGAAAUAAAAUCACAACGCAACAGCA